AUGAAAGAAGAUGAGUCCAUUCAUGAUAUGCACACUCAUUUCAGCUCCAUAAUCAAUGAGCUUCAUUCUCUUGGAGAAAUAAUUCCAACCAACAGGCUAGUCCGGAAAAUACUCUGUGUUCUACCAAGUUCUUGGGAAAGUAAAGUGAAUGCCAUCACUGAAGCCAAGGACCUGCAGACACUGACUAUUGACGAGCUUAUUGAUAACCGUAAGACGUAUGAGAUGAAGAGAAAGAAGGAUCUUGAAAGAAGAGAGCCAAAGAUGGAGAAAAGCCUGGUUCUUAAAGCUACUAAAAAUGACGCAAGCUCUGAUAAAUCCGAGAUGGCGUACCUCACACGAAGGUUUCAUAAAAUAAUUCGAAGAAAUGGCAGGGAUUAUUAUAAAAAUGCUGAUAAGACAGCUAAGAGGAACCAGGUCCUUGGCAAGAAGUUCAACAGAAAAUAUAUUGCUUACAACUUGGUAAAGCAGGCUCUGGUUGCUUGGGGAGAUUCUUCCAAUGAAUCUGAAGAUAGAGAUGAUCUAGGAGAUACAUCUAUGUUGGCUAUCGACAAUGAACCUUCUGAAUAUGAGUCAAUCUUUGCACUCAUGGCCAGAUCUAACGUUGAUGAUGACAAUGAGAAAGAUGAGGUAAAUAUUUUUUAUGUUCAGAAAAAUCUGAAAAAAAUUAAUGCUUUAGAACAAGUAAGGGAUGAUUUGGUGGUCACUGUUGUAGAUCUAAAAGAGCAAGUUGAGGAAGUAACUAGAGAAAAUUCUCUGUUACAAAGCCAAAUGAAAAAAUGGAUGAACACUCCAUCUAAAGGAAAACAAGUGGCCAGUGAGACUCACCUUGAGCUUGAAAAUAAGCUUAAGAAAACCAAAAUAAGUCUCACUGCUGAGCUAAAGAGGAAUAGGCAACUUCAAAUGGAUCUGAAAAGGGUUAAAAUUGAUCUUGACAAGUCACUUCAUUGGACCAGGUCCUCUGAUGUUGUUGCUGAUAUGUACAGGAGUAAUGGUGAAAGGAAAGGCUGGAGUGAGAGGACGCAGUCAAAAAUGGUAUAUGAAUAG